AAACCUCUUUGCAAUCUACUGCAGUACAUAUCACCAUAUCAACCAUGGCUAUAAGGUCCAUUCUCUUCAUUUCCUUGGCGGUUGCUAUAAUGGCAAUCCCAAUUGCAGAAGCCCAAUUAGGAGGACUCAUCAGUGGCCUCCUUGGUUCUAUUAAUGUCAAAGGCAUUGUAUUCUGCACUCUUGAUGGCAACAUUGGCAUCAAUGGCACCGCUACCCCCGUUUUUUCAAAUGCAUUAGUGCAAUUGCAGUGCGGAAAUGGAGAUGUGGUGUCUACUACAACAACGAACAGCGCAGGAGUGUUUGGUUUUGUUUUGGAUCCUCUUCAAAUGUUACUUUCUUCUUUAACAACCAAUUGCAGCGUGGCUGUGAAGACUCCACUCUCAACAUGCAACGUCAACCUGCCUUCCGUCGGAGGCCUGCAAUCACCGCUCAAAUACGUGGGAGACACCGUUCUGGGACUUCUCAACAUCGCAAACUUGAUUCCUUCAGGAUUCCGACUUAUUCCUGGCCUCGCCAACUAGUGCAACCUCGCAUGCUUGAAUCAGGAUGAAGGAUGUGUGUUUCCUAUGUAUAAUUAAUUAGUAAUAAAACUGUGUGAUUGUUAAAGUCCCUCUCUCUGAAUUUUCCGCAUUAUAUAUAUGUAUUGCCGAUAGUGUGAUGAUCAAUUGUAA